AUGUACCUCGUGGUGCUCCUGAUAAUCUUACCACGAUAUGCCGCAAAAGGUAACUGCGACAACCAGUACCCUGAAACAUCGAAUUAUUACAAAACAUGCAUUGAAGAAAGUGCGAUCGACAUUGCUCAAUUAUGUGAGAAAAAGGGAAAAGGAUCACUUUUGAGAAUGGAAACAAAGGAUGAGUUUGAUUUUAUCAUGAAUCAAAUGAAUGAUGGCGAGUUCUGGGUGGGGGCCAAAUCAUACACCGAUGACGAUAGUGCUGUACGUUGGAGAUGGGACAAUACAGACAUUGAACCGCUGAGUAUUAUGUGGAAAGAUAAUAAUGUGCCAACAGACGCUGAUAAAUGCGCUACCCUGAAAACGGACGGUAUGCGAUUAAAAAAAUGUGGCGACCGUAGACCCGGUAUAUGCGAAAAAGCUUCUACGAUAGAAACGUCUACCAUGAUCACAACCACCCAUACACCAACAACACAAGAUACAAAUCCAACGAACACCUCGUUGGCGAUUACAAGUCUAGAGACCUCCUCUAAAAGGGAAACCACUGCCACAUUCAAAGGUGCAAAAUCAGAUGGUAACACUCUUAGCACUUCGGCUGUUAUAACCCCGACAGAUACGUCCACCAUGAUCACGUCAAUCCAUACACCAACAGCACAAGCAACAGCGUCCACAAGCUCCUUAUCGGCAACUACUUCUAUAGACGCAACAACCACCACACUCACGAAUAAGAAAUCAGGUGAUAACGCACUUAGCACUUUGGAUACAAUAACCCCAGCAGCUGCUAUAACAGAGACGCCCACAUUAUUCUAUGCAUCUACAAUACGUACUACAGCUACUAGAGCAUCAACCACCACACUUAAAAAUGGAAAAUCGGGUGACAUCACACUGAGCAUUUCGAAUAUAACAAUUACAAAUCCCACUAAAACAGAGUUCACCGCCGAUAUCUCAUCGAAUCACAUGACCACACAACAAGCUAUAUCAUCUACAUCUAUCUCGGCGGCAACUACAGUUCCGCACUUCACCACAGUAAGCGCAUCAACAACCCCAGUUAUCAAUGAAAUAUCAGAAUUUGAACGGAUUGGUAUCGUAGGAUCCGUUGAAAGACGCAUUAGAAACCAGACACAGGAUGAUCCUUUUAGGCAACUGACCGAGGAAUAUCAAAAGUUUGUUUAA